AUGGGGGUGAAGGCGCGUGCCCUGCCCCGCGGCUCGCGGCGCUUCGCGGCCGGCUCCUCCGCGCUGCAGCUGUGGCGCCCGCGGAACCAGCUCCCUCCACCUGCUCUUCAGCUCUUUUUCCACGUUGGAAAAGAACCUCUGGGGUUUUGUACCGAAGCUGUUCAUAUGGAAAGUCUAGAGUUAAUUGGAGAAAUAAUCCUGUGCGUGAUUUUUCUUCACGUUGGUGCACAGGGCUGUGACACCUGGGUGGCAGCUGAGCUGGCGCUCGAGCUGCGCCUGUGGCUCUUCUUCUUCGCCCUGCGGACGUGGAGAGCCCUUCCAGCUGCCGGGGCGCAGCGAGGGGACGUGGUCCCCGCGGGGAGGCGCAGGCGCUGGUGUGCGGGUGCCCUGCGCGGCCCUGGUGCUGCGCGAGGGGAACGCGGCCGCGACGCGAAGGGGCUGCGAGGCCUCCUGUGCGGAAUGCCUGGAGGAGCCGGGCAGGAGGCGACAACCGGGGGAAUGCGGGUGAACAAGAAGAAAAUCCCGAAGGCGCAAGGGACGUUUGAUGGGGAAGAAAAUGCUGUAUUAUAUCAGAACUAUAAAGAAAAAGCUCUGGAUAUAGACUCUGAUGAGGAGCCUGAGCCCCAAGAGCAGAAAUUGGAUGAAAAGGUUGUCAUUCACUAUAAGCCCUUGAGGUCAACAUGGAGUCAGCUGUCUGUUGUAAAGAAGAACGGAUUAUCAGAAGCUAUCAGCCUGGAAGAAAGGAAGAGACAGGAGGCUAUUUUUGAAGUAAUAUCUUCUGAACAUUCAUAUUUACUGAGCCUGGAGAUCCUGAUCCGGAUGUUCAAAAAUUCCAAAGAACUGAGCCUCACCAUGACCAAAACGGAGAGCCACCACCUUUUCUCCAACAUUGCAGAUGUUUAUGAAGCAAGCAAAAAAUUCUUUAAAGAACUUGAAGCAAAACAUCAGAACAACAUCUUCAUUGAUGAUAUUAGUGAUAUAGUGGGAAAGCAUGCUGCUUCAACGUUUGACCCAUACGUAAAAUAUUGCACUAAUGAAGUCUAUCAGCAGCGAACACUACAGAAAUUACUAGCUACAAAUCCUGCAUUUAAAGAGGUGCUGUCACGGAUUGAGUCCCAUGAAGACUGCAGGAAUUUACCUAUGAUCUCUUUCCUCAUACUCCCAAUGCAGAGAGUUACUCGUCUUCCGUUAUUGAUGGAUACUAUUUGCCAGAAAACGCCUAAAGACUCACCAAAAUAUGAGAGCUGCAAGCAAGCUCUGAAAGAAGUGAGUAAGAGGCGGCAGGUGCUUGGUGCUCACUCGGCCCAGGCGGGAUGGCCUGUCCGGCCGCACGCGCUGCGCUCGGGAGCCCUCACCGGAGCGCUGGGAAUAGCAGCAGCCUCGUUUCUCCGCAUCGUUAGCGACGAGAGCUACACGGUGACCGACUACUCGCUGAGGGAGCAGCUGGCGGUGGCGCCGGACGAGGGCGACGAGCCGGGCGCCUCCCCGGCCAAGGCGCCGGCCUCGCGCCACGGCCCCUUCCGCCUGGCGCUCAGCAGCCACGCGGGCGAGCGGGCGCACAUGCUCCUGGGCGCCGACACUCCGAGCGAGCGAGCGCGCUGGAUCGCGGUGCUGGGCAAGGGCCGGGAGCUGCACGAGACCGACCGGACAACUCUGACUCAGGUGGAGAUCGUCAGGACUUACACCGCAAAGCAGGCGGAUGAGCUCUCGCUCCAGGUUGCUGAUGUCGUUCUGGUUUAUCAACAAGUAAACGAUGGUUGGUAUGAAGGGCAGCGGCUGCGGGACGGCGAGCGAGGCUGGUUCCCAAUGGAAUGUGCCAAGGAGAUCACCUGCCGUGCCACCCUCGACAAAAACAUGGAGCGGAUGGGACGGCUACUUGGACUUGAGACGAACGUUUAG